CUUAGAUCUCAUUUAAGGGCUGACUCCCCAUAGGCAAGGUUCUUUUUUUGGAGAUUCUUUCUGGUGAAGCUUUCUUUUGUAAACUAACCCUAGACUCUUCUGAUAUGGGUGAAGUUUCCAGUGCUGAUGAAGAGGCAGUGAACUGUGGAUUUGGAGGAGUACAUGGAUUAGUUCUUGAAAAGCUGCUGAUAUCUGUAGUAGAAAUGUGAAGUCAGAGCUUGAAACAGUGAUUGACCACCUGGUGGGAAGGCAGGGCCAAUCCAGGGAUAUCAGAUGCAUGCAAUGCCCCUGAGUGACUGGAAUGGGUAAAGCCAGGAUCCAUCCCUUCCCAGACUUCAUUUAAAGUUGGAAGUGGAGCUGAGGGUAUCUUGCUGGAGAUCCCUGCUUACCUGAGGCCUUCCAAGGCAGACAAUGUUAUUGUUGAAGAUUACUCAGAUGCCUUCUGUCCAUUUUCUGCCUCACAUGCUAUGUCAUGAAAGCUUUGAUACACUUAGUACAUAAUUUAAAUGAAUGACUACUUUGGCAAGCAUAAUGGAAGGCACGCAUACUGUCCUUCAAUUGCACAAACCCAUAAUGGAGGUUUGUUACAUCAGCUUCUAUCUUCCAGAGGGUGAAGUCAGAGGAUUUACUUACAGGGGCUGUGUGACUCUGGAUAGAACCAGUAAACGUUUCUGUGAUUGCUAUAAAGUACAGGAGAGAUUGGAGAUGAGAGAACAGCCAUAUGAAAAUUUCAGAGAUAUUAUUUUCAAGCAAACUACAACAAAAGACAUUCUCACUGAGCUGUACAGACUAACUGCUGAAAAGGAAAAACUGUUAUCCAAUCUUUCAAGAUCGCAUCACAUUCUGGGCCUUAACAUGGGACAUCGGGAGGAAAAGAAACAGGCUGUUUCUGGAGUCACAAAACUUAAAUGUGAUGAUUGUUCCAGUUUUGCAUAUCAUCAGGAGUUCUUUCUGGAUUCUGCAAAGAGAGACAAAUUAAAUGACAAGAGAAUGAGGAAAUAUAGAAGAAAAGAGAGCUUUGAUGAAUUUGGGCACUGGAAAGGGAGAAAUAAGUUGUAUGAACAACAUUCUUUACUGAGGGGGCAAGGCAUGCAAAUGAGUAAUGAGAAGAUGCUCCCCAUGAGACUUUCUACCAGGAGCUUUCCCAGUUCCUUUUCUGCCUCCAGUUGUGUAACAGCAAAAGGUAAAGACUAUUUAUUACCAGAUGCUGGUAUACAACCAGCAAGAGGGAUAAAAGAAGGGUAUUUUCUUGAAAGCAACAAAGCUAUGAAACUGGAUGCUGACUUAACAAGUUCUGUAUCAAAAGACAACGGUGAUAAAGUUGCAAUUGAACUACUGGAUAAUGCAGAAUGCAUUCCUGAAGUUAUAAAUGUACAGCAGAGUAUCACGUUGGUAAAAUCAUCUCAGGAAAAUCUACCUAACAACCUAGAGAAGUUAAGCAAACCUGCAGUUCCUAAAACCUUGAAAAAUGUCAAGUGUACGGACCAGGUAUGCAAGAAGAAACCAGGAUUCAUAAUUGCUGCUGAAAUACAGGAUUCAGAAGCUUGUGACAAAAAAGCUGCGAAAACCCAUGUAGAGUCAUUAUCUGAUUUUCACAAAAAAAUGGUUUCUCCUGUUUUCACGACAGUACAUAAUGUGUCUAUAUCAAGAACUGAUGGAUAUUCAGCAGAUGAAACUGCUGGAUACUCUAGAAACAGUGUGCUGCAGGAAGAGGAGCAAGAUGGCUCUGUUUUGAAGUACAAAGCAGAGAGAGUGCACAUUACCGAUGAGUCAUGCAACCUUGUGGGAGCAGUCAAUAAAGCUCUUCUGAAAGUUAUACAGAGUGACAGUUUAGAUGAAGCUGCAGAAUGGAAGAGACUGAAACAAAUUACAAGAGUAGACAGAAACCUGCCAGGCUCAAUAUAUGAGAAAAGAACCACGGUAUCCUGGGGAAAAAACAAUCAUUUAUUUCUGAACCUGCCUGUAAAUGAAGACCCUGAUGAUUCUCAGACAAGUAAUAAGCUGGAAGAGAAAAAGCUACAUUCACCCUCGUUACUAGCAGUGAGUAAUGUUUUUAGUAAUUCCUAUCUACUAUCUAAUGCACACAAACAAAUGUCACCUAUUCCUUCUCCAUUAUCUUCAAGACUGCCUACCCCGCAGCUGCAUCAUCGGAUUCUUCCAUUACCUGCACAGAACUCUGAAGACGAACCUAUGUUUGGUGAUUACUGCAGUGGGAGACAAAGUGCUAUAAACCUCUCUUUCAAUGAUUUGGAGCCACCAUUUUAUCUGAAGUUUUCUGAACCUGGAGAGUUAGGAUUUGCCAUCAGACAACCAUGCUUACAUCAGAAUGCAACUGCAGGGCAAUUUGAAAAGCGCACUCUGCAAGAGAGACUAACUACUCAGACAAAGCAGAAUUUCUGUGCAGUAGAGACUGCUUUAAAAGAAGACUUCACUGAACGGCUGACAAAUUUGGAUGCAGCAAACAGAGAUGAAGAUACCUGGAUCUUGGAUUGCAGACUGUCAAACCCGUUGGCUCACUCAAGCGAGAAGGAGAAGAUCAACAGGAAUUCAUUGCAUUUGAGUCUGGAAUUGAAUCCUGAUCUGAGUCCCUCAGAGCAAGAUGACAAGACUCCAGGGAGACUCCAGACUGUCUGGCCACCACCGAAGGCAAAUCAUGAAGAAGUAAAAGUAGGAUUAAAGUACACAGAAGCAGAAUACCAAGCUGCCAUUUUGCAUUUAAAGAGGGAACACAAAGAAGAAAUUGAAACAUUAAAGUCUCAGUUUGAACUCAGGGUAUUCCAUAUUCGUGGAGAACAUGCUGUAGCAACUGCUCAGCUUGAGGAAACCAUUGCACAUCUGAAGAAUGAACUUGAUAAUAAAUUGAACAGAAGGAAUGAAGAAGCAAGGGAUAUUGGUGUUUCUACUGAAGAUGAUAAUCCACCAAAGACAUACCGAAAUGUAUGUAUACAGACUGACAGAGAAACUUUUAUAAAGCCUAGUGAAGAAGAAAACAGAGCUGUGAAAAACAACCAAAUAGUACCGAAAAAGCUUAAUAUUUCGUCUUUGACACAUAGUAUUUCUGCCCAAGGUGAAAAUAAGGACAGUUAUGAUGUACCAUCUUCAGAAAGUGUCUUGUCUUGUCAACCAAAACAAAUGCUGCCUCCUCCACCACCUCCACCACCUCCACCACCUCCACCACCACCUCCACCCUUCUCUGAUUCUUCACUACAAGGUUUAGUUCCUCCACCACCACCUUUGCCAAUGGGUACAACUUCAGUGACACCUCACUUUGCAUCUGGGCCUUCACUGCCACCUCAACUUUCUGAAGGCUGUAAGGAUUUUCAAGCACCAUCACCACCAGCACCACCACCACUUCCAGGGUUGGGACCUCCUGUUCCUCCUCCACUGCCUGGAUCUGGAUUACCUCCACCUCCCCCACCCCUAGGAUCUGGGCUCUUUUUUAAUAGCACUUUAUCUUCAAGUCAAGGUCCUCGGAAACCUGCCAUUGAACCUAGCCGCCCCAUGAAGCCUUUGUAUUGGACACGGAUACAAUUGCAAGGCAGCAGGAAAACUGCCAUACCAACAUUAUGGGAAUCACUAGAAGAACCUGAUAUACUUGAUACUACUGAGUUUGAAUAUUUGUUUUCCAAAGACACCACUCAGGAAAAAAGAAAACCAUUAUCAGAGACUUACGAAAAAAAAAACAAGGCCAAAAAGAUUAUCAAAUUGUUGGAUGGAAAGCGAUCGCAAACUGUGGGAAUUUUAAUAUCCAGUUUGCACCUGGAGAUGAAGGAUAUUCAACAAGCUAUUCUGUGUGUUGAUGACUCCGUAGUAGAUUUGGAAACACUGGAAGCGCUAUAUGAAAAUAGAGCACAAAAGGAUGAACUGGAAAAAAUCGAGCAAUAUUAUCAGACUUCAAAAGAGGAGGAACUGAAGCUUCUGGAUAAACCAGAACAAUUUUUAUACGAAUUGUCUCAGAUCCCCAAUUUCACAGAACGAGCACAGUGUAUUAUUUUCCAGUCAGUUUUCUCUGAAGGGAUAACAUCAGUUCACAGGAAAGUUGAUAUCAUAACUCGUGUUUCCAAGGCUUUGCUGAACAUGACGAGUGUAAAGGAAAUUUUAGGUUUGAUUCUGGCGUUUGGAAAUUACAUGAAUGGUGGGAAUAGGACUCGAGGUCAAGCUGAUGGAUUUGGUUUGGAAAUACUCCCCAAACUAAAGGAUGUCAAAAGCAGAGAUAAUCGUAUUAAUCUUGUGGAUUAUGUUGUCAUAUAUUACCUACGCCAUUGUGAUAAGGAAGCAGGAACAGACAAGAGUAUUUUUCCUUUACCAGAACCACAGGAUUUUUUCCAGGCCUCCCAAGUUAAGUUUGAAGACCUAAUAAAAGACUUAAGGAAGCUGAAGAAAGACCUAGAAGCCUCCGAAAAGCAAAUGAAGUUAGUUUGCAGAGAAUCUUCAGAAGAGCAUCUCCAGCCCUUCAAGGAAAAAUUAGAAGAAUUCUUCCAGAAAGCUAAAGAAGAACGUAAGAAAGAAGAGAGCAGUUUGGAAAAUGCACAAAAAUGCUUUGAAGAAACAGUGGGAUACUUUGGGAUAAAGCCAAAGCCUGGUGAGAAGGAGAUCACACCAAACUAUGUUUUCACGGUGUGGUACGAAUUCUGCAGUGACUUCAAGACCAUUUGGAAACGAGAGAGCAAAAGCAUUUCCAAGGAGCGAAUUAAAGUGGCUCAGCAAUCAGUAAGCAAGUUAACUGCAGAGAAGAAAGUUGAAACAAAGAAAAUCAAUCCUACGGCUAGCCUGAAAGAGAGACUACGUCAAAAAGAAGCCAAUGUGAAUGCCAACUGAAAGGAGAAAGAUGAAAAUGAUAGUGUGUCGUAAUACCUUUCAAGACGCUUUAUUAUGCCUAUGGCUCAGAGAGCACCUUAUGUUUGUUAUUGAAUUCUGCUUUGCUGAUCUAUUCCAAGACAAUCCACUAAAUGUUUUUCAGUUCCUUCAAAGGAGUUUGUACAUAAAGUAGAAGGAAUUCUAAGAAAAUUUUUUACAUGGGAAUUCAGAAUGAUUUUCUGUAGUUCUUCCUUACAUUGUAAGGAAUCUAGUUGUUUAUGGUUAUUUAAAGGACUCUAUGUAUAAUGCAGUAAAAUGAAAGAGUUUAAAUGAAAAAUUUGGAUACAAGAUUAGAUAAUGACUAAGAACUUGUAGGUUAUUUACAGGGCUUUGUGUAGAUUAGAGCAAAUAUGCUGUUUGGCUCACAAAGCACUGUUAUACAAUAUUUUUUUUGUUACUUCAGCAGUAACUGAGGUAAAAUAGACUAACUGUAAGUAAUAUUACAGUGUCUGAGUACUGGAUGCAUCUUUCUAUAACUGAUUAAAUGUAAUUAUAGAUUUACUCUGUAUUUUACUAUAAAUAUUUUUAUAGAGACCUCAACUUAUGCCACACAUUGAAAUGAAAGCAAUAUUUUGCACAUGGAAAGGAAUAGCUUCAAAUUCUUUAUCUGUAUGAUCGAUGGUGUAACUGAUUCACUAUUUUUUUGUUUGUUUUAACCUGUCCUAUAUUCUGAACUCCAAAAAACAAAAAAAGAAAAAAAGAGAUUAAAAAGUAU